AUGGCGGCGGCAGCAGUAGCAAAGGCGCCGCAACCUGACAUCCAAUACACGCCUGAGCUGAAAAAAUAUGAAGCCCGAGUGAAGCGCAGGCUUGAAACCGAGGAGGUCCUUUUGACCAAGACCCUGCCCGCAGGCUUCCCGCGACAAUUGAAGUCAGACUUUGUAUGGGAAGGAGCUUCCAUUGCGAGAGAAUACGACUGGAUCUUUGUAUUGAAACCCGAGCAUACUGAGGAACUGGAACAAGCCCUUGCACACUUCAAAUCUUUGGACAAGCCACUUGGAUACAUUGACCAAACGACUUUCCCUUUACCGAAACUACAUUCCGAGCUUCGUGGUGUCUCACGGGAAUUGCACUUUGGCCAUGGGUUCAAAGUCGUCAGAGGCGUUCCCGUUACGCGAUAUUCCCGGGAGGACAUUAUCAUUAUUUAUGCCGGCAUUUCAUCGCACAUUGCUCCUCUUAGAGCACGUCAGGACAGUCGCUACAAUGGUGAGCCGGCAGAUGUAGUCCUAAGUCACAUCAAAGACCUCAGCGCAAGCAAGGAAAAGGCUAGCAUUGGCGCCCCGGCUUACACUGCUGACAAACAAGUCUUUCAUACUGACACUGGCGACAUUGUCUCGUUGUUCUGUCUAAGCCCGGCCGCCGAAGGUGGUAAGAGCAGGCUGGCAAGCACUUGGCGAGUCUACAAUGAAUUGGCAGCAACCAGGCCGGAUCUCAUUGAAACGCUUUCUCAAGACUGGAUCGCCGACAACUUUGGGAAUUCUGAGCAGCCAUAUGUAUCCAAACCCCUCCUGUUUCAUCAACCUGCAACGGCCGAGACUCCCGAGCGCGUAAUCCUGCAAUAUGCUCGAAGAUACUUCACAGGAUUUGGAGCCCUGCCUCGUUCGACGGCUAUACCUCCAAUCACAGAAGCUCAAGCUGAAGCCCUCGACGCGAUACAUUUCCUCGGAGAGCGUUUCAAUGUUGAACUGGAUUUCCAACAGGGCGAUAUCCAGUACGUGAAUAAUCUGGCAGUUUUCCACGCUCGUGACGGUUUCACGGACACGGAGGAGCGGCAACGCCACCUCGUUCGCCUCUGGCUUCGCGACACAGAAUACUGUUGGGAAACGCCGAAUGCUUUGAAAUCGAAGUGGGCGCAAUUGUACCAUGGUGUGGCUCCAGAUAGGCAGGUCUUUCCAUUGGAGCCAUAUGUGCGAAGCGCCAGUAAUGGAUAUCUGAAGGCCCCUCGAUAG